ACAGCGAUGCACAUUGCAGCUUCCGAAGGCCAUCUCCACGUCCUGUACACGCUGGUGAAACUUGGCGUCGCUAUGGACGCGAGGAACAGCCGAGGAAAGACUCCCAAGGAUAUACUGAAAGAAUCUUCAACAACUGCAGAUUACGACAUGGAAAUCUUCAAAGGCAUCUCACUGAUAGAGAUAAUGGAGAAAUACCUCGCGGCUGAAAAGGGGAAGGUCAGCCUGCAGAGAGACAAGAGAGCGCUUCAGAAUGAACACAAAAAGGAGCUGAAGAGGAUUGAAGAAGAUCAGAGAAGAAGAGACGCUGACUCUCGGGGAAUGAAGAAGGAAAUCGCUGCUUUGAAAGAGAAGAUCAAGGCGAUGGAGGAGGAACACAGAACAGAACUGCAGAACGUCACAGAAAGGGAACAGGAAAAAGAAGCGGAGUUUGUGAAGAUGAAAAAUGAAAUAAUCAGUUUAAAGGAGACGAUUGCAAGUAGAGACGAGGAGAUCAGGUCGCUCGAGGAAAAACGCCGGGAGGAGAGUCAGGGAGAGGCCGAGGAACGAGGAGAGGCGGAGAUCGAGGCAUCCCGCGAGGUCAGAGAACAGGAGACGACGGUUUCCGUUCUGCAAGAUACGAUGAGGUUAUUACAGGAACAAAAUACGAGGGAACUGCUGAGCCUCAGAAACGAGCAGCACCUGAAGGAAGCCGAGGCAGCGAACCAACUCAGAGGCGCUCAGGAGGCGCUCAAGUCUCGGAACAAGAGAGUCAAGGCGCUGAAGCGUCAACUCAAGGAGCAAGAGGCUGAAUGUGGACGACUGAGCUCGAUGGUGGAAGCAAAAGAAAUCCAAAUAAACCAAUUGCAAGAUCAACUUGAGAAUAAAGACAGGAAGGUCAGGACUUUGCAAUCGCGACUGGGCGAUAAAGAAAAUCAGUUAAAUGAAUUGGAGGAGGCUCUUCAAGCAGGGCCGCCGGAUACCUAUCAGCGCCCGGACUCACCUGUGCUUGUGUCACGCCACGGCCUCGCAUGCAGGGAGGAAUUCCCAUGGGGAGCGAGGAGGAAAAUGUCUCGGCGAGCAACAGACACCAAGAGAUCUUCGCAAGCAGAAGGCAGGGGGAGGAACAUAGCUUCUCGGUCAGAAGACAGAAGGCACAACGAAGAUCCCCAGCCAAUAAACCGUACCAGGACCCGCAAGCACCCCCUUGGAGAGUCUCCCCAAGCAGGAACCGGGAGGAGAGGAAAUCGUCGGUCAUGCGAGAGGGCCGAGUCUCCCCAAGCACGAAACGAGGACAAGACCCCAGACGGAGGGAGUGAAUACGAGUCUUACCAGUCUUCUCAAGCAGAGACUGAAGACGAAUCUCCAGGGGAAUAUAGCAGUAAUUAAUUGCCACGUGCGGCGAUGCGAGUACCACCUCCUGCAUUAGGGCGAAUGGACGGAGAGAGAGAAAACAGAAGCUGAGAGGGAAGGGGUUAAGAGCAAAGAGAAUAGAAAAGUUAUGAAGCUCAUGUAGGGGUUCACUACAUUCUAAUUAUACCGUUUAAUGCUACUUUUUUUUUUCCAAGAACAUUAUGCGAUACUAUGUAGAAAAGACAAAUGCCUUCUCAGUAGACUUAACAAAACGUGUCUGUAUUUGCCUGUCAGGUGCAGAGUAAAAGUAAUAAGAAUAGAUGAUUAUUAGCCUAUUUGUUGCUGUUGUUAGCAUUAUCAUUAUCAAAUAUCAAUACUAUUAUUAUUAUAAUUAUUAUGGUCCUCCUCCUCAUCAUUAUGAUUGUAGUGGUUUGUGGGCAGCUGCCCUGCCACUCACCCAUGCUACAGGAGCUGACGAAUAUUCCUCAGUCGCAAAUUAUAGGGCAUGAAUAUGGGCAUGGGGGGAAAGCCGGGCAAAAUUAACCUCCAUGUUCUGCGGGAGUAAGGAGAGACCAGUAUCCGUCUUCGACUGCUUUAUUUGUUGUUAUCCGGUGCACAGAAUCACGGCCGAGUUCAAUAUAAUCAAGAUACUCGGUUUACAACACAGAACAUAUUAAAAGCAAUCAGAAUCAUAUAAACACAAUAAUCUUCCUCAGCCAACACUCACACGCUUUCACGACCGAGGUUACCCGCCAACUGCCUGCCGGUGGCGACUUCACCGCCUACUUGGCGAAGGGGUUUCCACCUAUCUCAGUCGUGAAAGGGUUGGGUGUGGACAGCGAGCUCUCUCUGACUCAAGACUCAAGGCACGUUCUCCUGGAGGUGGGGCGUUUAAUAAAAGACGCAAGGGCGUACCGCUUGGCGUUAGUAAGCUCAUUAUUGAAAGGAAGCGACCACUGUGAGGCCUCCAGGCCUCCCUUCUUCUGCCUUCGCCCACUCCUUGGUCCCCUGUCCUCCUUCCCUCUCUCCCAUUCCUUGGUCCCCUGUCCUCCUCAUCCUCCUUCCUUCUACCCCUUCCCUUUCUCUC